CUGUCAGGUGAUGGCUGUGGGAGGGGCUCUGCUAUGUGUGGGCGUGUCCCUCUCAGAGUGGGAGGAGCGCUGUGAGUUUCAGGAAGAGCUGAGCACCUGUUGGAGUCAGAGUCACAGCAGAGAGGAGGAAGAGGAGGAAGAAAGGAGCCUUCAACCGCCGACAAACAUGAGUAUCCGCUCCACAGGAGUCCUCUCGGAGGACCAGUUCACCUGCUCCAUCUGUCUGGAGGUGUUCCUGGAGCCCGUCUCCACACCCUGCGGCCACAGCUUCUGCAAGGCCUGCCUCCAGGGCUACUGGAACCACAGCAAGAAGUUCCUGUGCCCCAUGUGCAAGAAGGCCUACAACCGCAAACCCGAGAUGAGUGUCAACCGGGUUCUGGCCGAAAUUUGCUCGCAGUUCCAGGGCCUGACGGUUGCCAGUGGUUCCGGGACGAGUCCAUCGCAGAAGGGCUCCAUAAAUGCGGGCUCAGAUGGGGGACACCCCGACCUUGCGGGGCUGGAUACUGGCGAGUUUGCCCAGCCCGGAGAGGUUCCCUGUGAUGCCUGCAUUGGAAGGAAGCUGAAGGCGCUGAAGUCUUGCGUGAACUGUGCCGGAUCGUUCUGUGACUCUCACCUGAGACAUCACAAGAAGGUGAAGACUCUCAUGUCACACCGCCUGAUCGAGCCCACCUUCAACCUGGCGGAGAAGAUCUGCAAGAAACACGAGCGCCUCCUGGACGUGUACUGCCGCACGGACCACAUCUGCAUCUGCAGCGCCUGCGCCGAGGCCUCGCACAAGUCCCACGACAUCACGUCCAUCGACCACGAGUACAAGAAGAAGACGAAUAAUCUGGGGAAGAAGCGGUCUGAGCUGAAGCAUCUGAUCAAAGAAAGAUCCAAGAAACUGGAGGAGAUCAAACAGUCCAUAAAAGUCAUAAAGGCCGGCGCUCAGAAGGAACUGGAGGACAGCUGGCAGGUGUACGCCGAGCUGCAGCGGCUGGUGGAGCAGAGCCAGGCGGAGCUGGUGGAGCUGAUCGCCAUGCGGCAGCGGGAGGCGGAGCGCCACGCUCAGGAGCUGGCUAGAGGUCUGGAAAACGAACUGAGCCAGCUGAAGAGGAGGAGCCAGGAGUUGGAGGCCCACGCUCACACCAAGGACAAAGUGGUUUUCCUUCAGAACAUUACGACAUUGUCACCGUCACCAGAGCACACCGACUGGUCAUCGGUCAGCAUCAACACCGACCUCUACCUGGGAACCAUCCGCACCUCCGUCAGCAGCCUGGUGGACAAGUUCCAGGAGGAGCUGAAGCUCUUGUACGGCAAAGAGCUCCGGAAGGUGCAGAACUAUGCAGGUGAGGUGAUUCUUGACCCGAUCACCGCCCAGAAGAACCUGGUGGUGUCAGAGGACGGUCAGCAGGUCAAAUACGAGGAGCGCAAGGUUUCCCACUCCGACGGGCCCAAGCGCUUCAGCCCGGCGCUCUUCAUCCUGGCUCGGGAGGGCUUCAGCUCGGGGCGCCACUACUGGGAGGUGGACGUGGCACGCAAGACCGCCUGGACCCUCGGCGUGGCCCGGGGCUCGGCACGCCGGAAGGGCGAGAUCAAGCUGUGUCCCGAGGGGGGCUACUGGUGCCUGUGGCUGAAGGACGGUGAGGUGAAAGCCCUGGCGGCGUCCCGCCUCCCCCUCAUGCUGCCGUUCCACCCCACCAAAGUGGGAAUCUUCCUGGAUUACGAAGCCGGACAGGUUUCCUUCUACGACGUGAAGGCGCGUCAGCACCUGUACACCUUCAUGGACAAGUUCAACGAGAGCGUGUACCCCAUUUUCAGCCCCUGCCUCACCCAGGACGGGAAGAACGCUGCUGCGCUGGUUCUGACCCACGUGAAGCACAGCUGAGACCAGAGAGACGGCAUGUUUGGUGUUUUUGAUCGAACGAGUACGCCUGUCUGGGAAAUCUGUCACCUUGGACUUACUUGUUUGCACUUCACCUCAAAGCGUCAAACUUUGGAGAAAUGAGCCGGACUUGUUACUCUGCUCCACUUUCUCAUCACACUGAUGUAAAUACUGAAGAUAACCGUCCAGCAGAAUGUUUCAAAACAUCUCAGAGGGAUCCAUCGUCUGUGCUUUGGAACGAUGAAGAAAAUGGACUCAGGAACUGACUCUCUAAUGAUCUCGAUUUUACUUUUGCCAUUUUCUCUGCUGUGUAAGUUUUUAUUUAGCUGCCGCUGUCAGGUUUUUGGUCAACAAGGACGCCCAUCGUGGUGUCUGGAGCUCUGCAGGAGAAACCAGAGGAGCGGCUGUGCCUCAUCUUUGUAAAGGGCUUUUUUUUUUUCUAUACUUAUGGAUGUUUUUAUAUGAAGAAAUAAAUACUGUAUAAACUCACUGUAAUUCAUCAAUAAAGAUUAUCUGUUAGGAUAUUUCAUGCAA